CUCUACCUCUACGCACGCACGGAUAUUUAACCCGCCAUCCACAUCAAUUUUGAUGGUGGGUGGGCGAUGGGUAAUCGGGGAGUUGGUACUUGGUGGAAGUCAUGUUAGCGCCGUUUCAAGACUGAUAGAAUAAAAGCAAACAUAUCAAGAGCGGUGCACAGUUACUUGCGCUGUUCUUACAGUAAUCUUCUUUCCUUCGGGAACAUUUCAAGGCCUGAAGAUGAUGGAACUUUCGCAUAGCCUCACCCUAAAUGAGGAGGUUCUUGCACAGUUGCCCAAAGCCAAAAGACCUGUCUUCGUCUAUGAAUGGCUGCGCUUUCUCGACAAGGUUCUUGUGGCUGCACAAAAGGGCGAUAUCAAACAAUGCCAGCAGCAGCUAGUGGACCAGUUGGUAGGACAGAUGCGAGAAGGCUGUCCUGGUCCCCCAAGCCGCCGUCUCUUGGGUUCCUGUCUGGCCACCUUGUUCAGCGUGGGCGACACCUUUUUGCUCUUUGACACAAUCAAUAAGUGCAAUGAUCAGUUGCGUGGACGAGAUUCCUCUGAUGCUCCAGGGCAGCUCACUGCACGCUUAGCGGCAAUGAGCUGUUUGGGUGCAAUGUACCUGAAACUGGGAAGAAUGGUCGGACGAAGUUACCAGGAUACUGUCCAACUCCUCCUGAAAUCUCUAAAGAAUUCUGAGUCACAGUGCCGUUGUGAGACAAUGCUGACCAUGGAACAGCUGUUAGCUGGGUUAGGUCCUUCGGCAGGGACACUGCAUAGAGACGUAACUAAAGCUGCGCGACACUGCUUGGUCGACCGUGUCAUGGCUGUACGGUGUGCUGCCGCUAGGUGUCUAUUAGAGGUUGUUCGUCCAGCAUCCCCGCCAUCUCUUUCGCCUGCGGAGCUCGAGGCCCUUGCAUGCGUCUGCUUUCGAGCUUUCGAAGGCUCUAACUACCAAGUUCGCUGCACUGUGGCACACCUGCUUGGUACCUUACUGGCUUCACUUGUUGCAGCCCCAUCUCAACCUCAAGGUGGAAAAAAUCGUCUCGCAAGCCUAGAAGAGGCACUAGGACUGUUGGCAUCGGGCUUCCUCCGUGGUGGCAUGGGGUUUCUCAAAGGCAGUGCUGGUGAAAUGAUCAAAGGUGCAUCGUCAGUGAGCAGGGAAGUACGAGUGGGAGUCACACAUGCGUACGUUGUGUUAUUACAAGAGAUGGGUGGACGUUCCCUGGAGCGCCAUCUAGGCACAGUACUUGCCCACCUGUUAGAGCUCUCGGGACACCCACGUGCUGUGCAGACACAUGUGGAAGCAGUGUACAGUCGCAAACGCAUUUCCUUCGCCUUGCGCUCACUGCUGGGAAAGAUGUUGAGUGAAAAAGCGCAGGCACAAGCAUGCAAAGACCUUGCUCAGCUUGUGGCCAAGUAUAUCAAUGCAGAUUCUGCAGCAGUGGAAAGUCGGGAAGGAGAAGCGUCUUCGGUCAGCCAGCAUGCUGUGGUGUGUGCCCUCAACGAAAUUGGUUGCCUUCUGGAGACGUUGGGCACCACUGCCUCCACUAUCAUUACAGACCCCAGUGUUGGCUUGGCAGAAACUGUAUGCUCUGUGCUGGUGCAUGGGAGCAGCGCUGCUCGUCUGUCUGCAGCGUGGUGCCUCCGCUGCCUUACAUGUGCCGUGCCCAGCCAGCUGACUCCCCUGCUGGAUCGCUGUACUGCACAGCUGGAGAAACUCAAAGCCUCCCCCGAGGCUCUCAUGGGCCAUGCUGCUGCUCUGGCUGCACUGCUCGGUGCCGCACGUCACACACCUCUGGGGCUACCUCAUAAUUAUGGAAAGAUGGUGUUCAACAUCGCUGAGGACCUCCUGAGGAGUGCAACGCAGAACAGUCGUCUUUCCCUGCAGAGAACACAGUCGGGUUGGCUCAUGAUGGGAGCUGUGAUGACGCUUGGUCCUCCCGUGGUCCGCAGCCUCCUCCCCAGAAUGAUGUUACUGUGGAAAAACAGCUUUCCUCGCUCGAGCAAAGAACUGGAGAUGGAGAAAGUUCGUGGUGAUGCUUUCACGUGGCAGGUAACCCUGGAAGGUCGUGCAGGGGCGCUGAGCGCCAUGGCCAGUUUUCUGAGACACUGCAAUCAGUUGGCAUCGGAUGAAGUGGUACGCAGGAUUCUGUCUCCAAUCGAGUCUGCUCUUACGAUGCUGACAGGCAUUAGUGCUACUCUGAAGCUCUAUGGCCAACAUCUCAAGGCUAGUGUAGCCAUGGUGCGACUGCGCCUCUACGAGACCAUGUCACUUCUGCCACCGCAGGUGUAUGAGAGUAGCUACAACAACCUCCUUAGGCUUUUGGUGGCAGAGUUUACCCUGACUGAGAACCAAGCCAAUACAACCACCUCUUUACUGCGGAGCCUCUGUCACUCCGACGACAGCGUCAUUCUGGGUUCAUGGUUGCAAGAUACAGAUCACAAGGCUGUUGAAGAUCAGAUGGAACCAAACCGAAAGGCAGACAAGUCAUUUCUCCAGCCAAACAGUGCAUCUGGGUCAGGAGCACUGGAACAUGACUGGACAGUUCUGUACCAAUCCCUCCCUAAGGGUGAGUCGCUACCUGGUCCUCUUCCACUCGGCGUAGCUGUCAUUGACCUGUCCGUGCAGCUGUAUGGUCGUGUAUUUCCUCAUGUGGCAAAUAAGCAUCGGCUUCAGAUGUUGGGCCACUUCAAUGAGUGUGUCAAGCACACAAAAGCCACCAGGCAAGAGGCAGUACAGGUCAAUAUCUUCACUGCGCUCCUCAGUGCUCUUAAGGGUCUUGCAGAAACGAAAUCUCCGCUGGGGGGCACUGACGUCCGCAAAGCAGCUGUGGGGCUCAUACUGGGUGCACUGAGUCACUCCAACCCAAUCCUUCGCUGUGCUGCGGGAGAAGCCCUCGGCCGCAUGGCACAAGUUGUCGGUGAUGCAUUCUUUGUGGCUGAAAUGGCACAGCACAGCUUUGACAGAUUGCGGACAGCACGAGAUGCAGUGUCACGGACAGGUCAUUCACUGGCUCUUGGCUGCCUCCAUCGGUAUGUUGGCGGAAUGGGAUCUGGACAGCACCUCAAUACCAGCGUUAGCAUUCUACUAGCACUGGCUCAGGAUAUGAAUGCUCCGGCAGUUCAGGUGUGGGCACUGCAUGCCCUUGCAUUAAUUGCAGACUCUGGAGGGCCAAUGUUCCGUAGCUACGUGGAGCCGACGCUCUCUCUCGCUUUGAAGCUUCUGCUCAACAUGCCUCCGUCGCACGUCGAUGUUCACCAAUGCGUGGGAAAAUGUCUCUCUGCUGUCCUCACGACAGUAGGACCCGAACUCCAGGGCAACAGCAGUUCCAUGAGUACAGCACGGUCGUCGUUACUCGUGGCAUGCAGCAUCAUGCAGUCCCACGGGGAUGCUCUCGUUCAGACAGAGGCCAUUGCUUGUCUGCAGCAGCUUCACAUGUUUGCUCCACGUCAUGUCAACCUGGCCUCCCUUGUGCCAGUACUGUGUGCUGCACUGGGUUCGAGCCACCUUCUGUUGCGACGUGCAGCUACGGCCUGCCUGCGGCAGCUAUCUCAGCGGGAGGCUAAAGAAGUCUGCCAGCAUGCCCGGUCCCCGCAGGAGGAAGAUCAAAGUACUGCAGGCUCUCGUGGCCCUGGUGCUCCUCCCUUGCCUUGGGAUGGAGGGUUGCCUGCAGUGCUCUUUGCAUUGCUGGAUCGCGAGGAGGACCCUUCUCUGGUGUCAGAUAUUCAUGACACUUUGGUGGGGAUCCUGCAGGCAACCAUUCACGAAGACCUAGGAAUGUGGUUGGCACUCUGCAAGGAUGUGCUCACUGCAGCAUCCACAGACAGCACUGGUCCCCAGCAAACGGAAGAUGAUGAAGAGGAGGAUGAAGACGAGGAUGCGAUACGGGCUGGCGAGGAGCCCUCCAGCCACCCGGCAGUGGGACCACGCUGGCCCACUAGGGUGUUUGCAGCACAGUGUCUGCACCGCAUUAUGACAGCUCUUGCUAGCAAUACAAGUGCGGACAGCUGCCACUUUGACCUGACGCGUGCUCGAGAGCAACGCUCCCUGCAUCCAACAGAUGACUUCCUGGUGCUGCACUUGUCAGACCUGGUGCGGAUGGCUUUCAUGGCAGCGACAUCCGACAGCGACCCUCUACGGUUGGAGGGCCUGAAGACACUACAGCUGGUAAUUGAGCAGUUCAGCCAAGUACCAGAACCCGAGUUUCCGGGACACGUGAUCUUGGAGCAGUACCAGGCUCAAGUCGGAGCCGCAUUGAGGCCAGCAUUUUCUCCUGAAACACCUUCGCACGUGACUGCAGUUGCGUGUCAGGUGUGCAGUGCCUGGAUCGGCAGCGGUGUUGCGAGAGACCUCAACGACCUGCGUCGUGUACACCAGUUACUUGUGUCGUCACUUACGAAACUGCAGAAAGGAGCAAAUUCGCAGCUCUACAAUGAAAGUGCCUCUACUCUGGAGAAACUGGCCAUUCUCAAGGCAUGGGCAGAGGUGUAUAUAGUGGCUAUGGGAAAGGAACAGGAAGAUGGAAAAGAAUCACUCCUACACCUCGUAGCCCCCGAGCUUGUCAGCCUAAGCCGUUACUGGCUGGCCGCUUUGAAAGACCACGCUCUCCUCACACUGCCUUCUGAGUUUGCCAGCCAGCUUCCUCACGACGGAGGAGCAUUUUACACAUCUGAAACGUUGGAGUGGGCAAGGCCUCACUACAGGGAUGCUUGGGCCCCGAUCCUUCAUGCAGCCUGCCUGUGGCUCUGUCAAGGAAAGGGUUUCGAUGAGGGCCUUCACCAAGAGGCUCCUGAAACAGCCCUGAGUGCAGUGCGUGGAGCUUCUUUCUUGCAGCUGUCGUCUUCACCUGAGGAUGUGGGCAAUCACUGGUUCCACCUCCUCUUCGGCAUCUGUAUUGAGGCAUUGUGCCGUCCUGGCAAAGCAGCUCCUGACCCAUCAGAAGAGUGCGUCUGCCUGCAGGCCUUGAACCAACUGCUUGAUCACACACUUCCUCGCACCCUAUUGGGACAGGACUUACAGCUCUCCGUGGAACUCUGCAACCUCCUGCACAGGACACUGCUAACCAGAGACACGGCACAGUGCCAAAGUAUGGUGAUGAAGAUAGCAAAGCAGGUUGUCAUAGCUUGGCAAGAAUCAUAUACAGCUGAGAAAAAGCGCAAGCUCAGGGAGCUCGGCCCCGCAAAUCAAGAGCCCGCACGAGAGGCAGAGGCAGCAGUGGUGGCCCAAACAGGGGAAGGGUCUUCCACAGAAGGUUCUUUGAACCCUGGGCAGUCGGUCGUGUAUGCUCUCCUGGAGGUCAGCCUGUGCCUCUUAGUGCGCCACCUCCCACAGCUGUGCCCUACACUUGCUGCAGCAAUACACAGGGGAACAUCCAAGGAACCUCCACAGGACCAGCUUCUAGCUCAGGCCCUUGAAGUUCUCGUGGAACUUCCAAGCCUCUGCUCUUCAAAAGGGUGCAUAGCAGUACUUCCAACAUUGCUGUUCCUGACAACUGGGGUCUUAAAGGAAGCAAUAGAACAGGAGCUCAACCCUGCCAUGAGCGCAGCCUUGCAGGGACUCCGAACUCUAGUGUCCCUGCCCAUGUCUCACAACGAGGAACUGAAGCGUGACUGGAUAGCACUGCUGAGAAGUACUCUGGCACGCAUUCUUGACUGGAGCAAAUCAGGUAAAGAGAUGAGCUCUCUGCUGCUGGCAGUGGGGGUGUUCAUCUUACACGCUCCGAGAGACGUGAUUUCGGUUCCAAACCUCGAGUACCCCAGCAUCAACCUUUUCAGGCAGGCUCUACUCAGCAACUAUAAGGUGCAGCUACGGUGUCUGCAGACUCUUGGGUCCAUCUUUGCCCACCCGGAUAUGUCGACACCUUACAUUCACAGCCUAGGACCAAAAGUGGCAGAGACCUUAGUUGAAUGCACACAGCUUUUAGAAGAAGGAAAAUGUUCAGAGGAGAAAGAGGUGCUAUCAGUGGCUCAAGAGAGCCUGAAAGUCCUCGAUUCCCUGCUCUGGGCAGCACCUCCGGAAGGCAAGUCACAGAUGCUGCUCCUUUAUGUUUCACUCCUAGCCAGCUUACUCCUAAUAAACGAGGAUGGCUUAAAGCCAAGCUCUCGACGUCAACUCCACAUUGAAGCACUUGGUAGGCUUCUGCGUGUGGGACCACAAUUUCCGCAGGAGUUCCGCUGGGCCGUGGGGCAGCGGCCACAGCUAAGAGCACGCCUUGAAGCUGCCCUGCGAUCAUCCAGUCGUCCGCAGGAUGGGACCACAGAUGGGGAACAAGGGAGAGUACCUCAAGCACCCAGUAUCAAGCUCAAGACUGACUUCAGCAACUUCACAGGAUGAAUGAUCAUCAAUAUGAAGAUUCCUACAUGGGACAAUUGUUUCCUGAGGGCUGCCAAAGAGGAAGAAAGUGAAAUGAGACACUGCAAAUACACCUAAUAUAAUAAAUGCCAGCUGGCCUGCGAUGUUUUAACAUCCA